UUUCCCACUUUCAGCUUCCUUUUCCCCUUUAUCCCAUCUCUAUCAGAGCCCAGGAAGGAAGGAGGGGGAAGGUAGUUAUUGGAUUUCUUCUAGGCAAGGUUCCUAGAAGGAGUCAUUAUUGCACAAGUACAGUUCCACCUGUCUAGAGGCAACAGAAGGAGGCAGCUCCUGCCUGGGCCAUGGCCAAGGUCGAGGCAGCUCAGGUCUUCCUGACGUUUGAGGAUGUGGCCAUCACUUUCUCUCAGGAAGAGUGGGGGAUGUUGGCUACCUGGCAACAGCAGUUGUACUGGGAUGUGAUGAAAGAGAACUAUGAAACUUUGAGUUCUUUGACUGCUGGAAGGUUGGGAGCCCUACCAGAGCUAUUCUGUACAUUGGGACAGGUUUUUGAAAGCUGGGAAGAUCAUCAGCACUUGUUGAGAAGAGGUAACUCAGAAAGCUCAUACUUGGGUGUUGGGGUCAGAAAGCCUCCUAGGAAAGAAAGUCCUAGGAAACAGCAAUUAAGUGGGGAUUUCCCAAAGGAACAAGGUGAUACAGGUUCUCAGUCCCCCAGCCACAAAAAAUCUCAAGAAACAAGUCUCCUGUCCCCAGGACAGAUGGAUAGUUCGGUGAGGACUGAGCCCAGUGGCCACAGGAGAGAUAAUGGAGUCUUCCACAGCCUUUCUCCAGGUGAGAGAGCUCUCAUGGAGAAGAUACAAAACCAGGAGCUGGCCUCUGAGAAUGAGCUUUCCCUGAAACCUCACCAUUGUCCUGAGUGUGGAAAACACUUCAAGAGGCGGCAUGAGCUUAAGGUACACAAACGUGUCCAUACAAAGGAGAGGCCUUUCCCCUGCCCAGAAUGUGGGAAGUGCUUCAGGCAGAAGUCAGCCCUGAUGACCCAUCAGUGGGUGCAUAGCAAGGAGCGCCCCUUCCCCUGCCCUGAGUGUGGGCGCUGCUUUGCCCAGAAGCAGUACCUGAGGAAACACCAAUGGGUGCAUAGAAAUGAGCGCCCCUUCCCCUGCCCUGAUUGUGGGCGCUGCUUUACCCAGAAACAAUACCUCAAGAAGCACCAGCAUUUACACAGUGGGGAGCGCCCCUUUGCCUGCUCAGAGUGUGGGCGCUGCUUCUCCCAAAAGCAGGACCUCAAGAAGCACCAACAUGUGCACAGUGGGGAGCGCCCCUUUCCUUGCCCUGAGUGUGGGCGCCAGUUUGCUCAAAAGCAGGAUUUGAAAAGGCACCAACGUGUGCAUAGUGGGGAGAGGCCAUUCCCUUGUUCUGAAUGUGGGCAUCACUUUUCCCAAAAGCAAGACUUGAAGAAGCACCAGCGUGUGCACACUGGUGAGCAUCCCUUCCUCUGCCCUCAGUGUGGGCAUCACUUUGCCCAAAAACAGGGCUUGAAGAAGCACCUGCGUGUGCACCAACGAGUACCGGGUAGUAAACGGCCCUUCCCGUGCCCUGACUGUGGGCGUCUCUUCACCCGGAUGCAUGACCUAAAGAAGCACCAAAGAAACAUUCACUGCAGUGAACAUUUUUUUGCUUGCCCUGGCUGGGAUCAGCAGUUCAGCAAUAUGGCCAAUAAUUCCAUCAGCUUGGAGUUGAUCAAGCUUGGACCACUGGACUGGUGAGCGCAGCCUUUUCAAGACUGCCUUCAAAGAAUACUCCGUGCUGUAGAACCCUCCUGUUCCUCGUUACUGAUCCACAUUUAUCUAUCAAUCACUUGACCUAGUCUCUAAGGGCUCAGCUAGAUGAUGAGAUUGGUAAAGGAUAUUGUCAAACUGGAGCAUGUUCAGCAAAGGAUGACCAGGAUUGUAAGGGAAUCGGUCACCUUACCAUAUGAUGAGGAUCAGUUGAAUUAAGACAGGUGUUUAGCCUGAAGAAGAGUGGACCUUAAUGCUAUUGUCAAGUAUUUUCGAGUGCUAUUAUGUAGAAGAGAGAUUAGGCUUGUGUGGCUUGGUACCAGAGGACAAAGCUAGAAGCAAUCAUUUGUAGGGAAGCAGACUGAGUUCUAUGUAAGGCAAGAACUUCCUAUUAGAGCUUUCUCAAAGUGGAUUAAGGUGUCUCAGGAGAUAAGAGCUAACCCCAUUUGGGGAGAUCUUCAAGCAGAAUCUUGAUUAUGUGUACAGGAUGCUAUAGAGGGGAUUCCUCUUUGGGUAGAACCAGGUGUCUUCUCAUCUUGCUUUCAAAUUUGAGAUUCUGCAGUUCUGUUUGCUAUUCCAUCUAAGGUCUUAUAGACUGAUAAUGGUUUAAUUAAAUAAUAUAUUUGAUUUGAACAAGAGUCUUCCAUACUUUAACUAAAGUGUUGGGAAUCUGUCAUAAAGUUUUGCAAAUGUUUAUUCAUUCCUUGAUGGGGGAAGUGUGGAAUGUACCAGAGGUCUUGGCUGCUAUCAACUAGUUCCCAACCCUUCCAUUUGGCUGAGUUAGGGUUUGUUACAUCAAAAGAAAGCCUUUUCACUUCUUGAACUUCCUUUUUAGAUGCAAAGCUGUUGUUAGUACACACCUUAGAAUAAACAAGCAGUUUAGAUUAAAAAUCUGACAUUGGGGGAAGUAGGUAAUUUUCAGGAAAAAGAGGGUAAGGAGGCUCUGGGGGGGGGGAAAUAAAGCUACUUAAAUUUUUGGGUAACUGUACUCCUCAAAAAUCACGUAGUGUGCCAUUUUAUCUUGAGUCCCAUAGAUCAUUGACCUUGGCCUUCGGCCAAUAAGUGAGUACCCUAAGGAUUUCAAGGUUUCAAGGCCUCUAGGGAAAACAUUUUGGGAUGAAAAACACGAGCUGAGGCUCAGCCGUUUCAUCAAAAGACAAAGUUUGCAUUAUUUCCCUAAGAACUGACUAGUCUAGUCUACCAGUGUUACUGUCAACUCCUUCCUGGAAGGCUUCAUAAUAGAAGCUGAGGAAAUCUAUACUCAGUGAUACACAUUUGGAUUUAAUUGAACAAACCAGGGAGAAGGGAAGGAAAUCAGCUUUUAUAUAGUGCCUAUAUGUGCUUGGCACUUCACAAAUGUGAUAUGAUCCUCACCACAACACGGGGAAGUAGGUGCUAUUAUCACCCCAUUUUAACACCUGAGGAAACUGAGACAAACAGUGGUUAAAACUUGCCCAGGGUCACAUAGCUAGUGUCUGAGGCUAGAUUUGAACUCAGGUCUUACUUACAUUAGGCCCAGCACUAUCCACUUCACCACCCAGCUGUCUCAACGUUAGUGGUUGAGCAUUUACUCUGUAUAAGGCACUCUACUAAGUACUUGGGGAGCAGGUGGGGGGAAGGGGAUCAAAAGAAGUCCAAGACAUAGCCCCUGGGUACCAGGAGUUUACAACUCAAUUUGAAGAUAUUCCACAAACUGACUCACUCUCAGUUGUUCUAGCCAAGAUUCUGCCUCUGGCAAAAAGCACCAAGAAAUGUUUUCUGCCAGGCCAAAGAUUUCUUCCCUGAUAUCAAUCUCAAAGGUGGAAGUCUAUUGCAAAUGCACUGGUUUCUUUUAACCCAUAACAUAGCAAUGUCUGUCAUCCACAUAUGGUCUAGGGCCACCUCAAACUCUAGGAUUACAUAGAAUGGGUCUGAUCCCUAAGGGCUGACUCAGAAAGGCUACAUUCACUUGGCUUAUGUGACCCCUCCAAGAGCUUACUUUGAGAACGCUCCAAAUAUGUUCAUGUCUCAAUUUCCACAACGUUCCCUCCCUUACAGACUUAAUUUCACCUCACAGAAAAUGCAGAAGGUAUAGAGGAUGCACAAGACCCCAUAAACAGAGAAAACACAAAGUUCCCAUGACAGUCCAGCUCCCUCACAGACAGAACUGAACUAGACAGUGACAGCAGAGCCAUGCUUCUUCUUUUCUUUCUUUCUUUUCUUUUUUUUUAAGUGAGGCAAUUGAGGUUAAGUGACUUGCCCAGGGUCACACAGCUAGUAAGUGUUAAGUGUCUGAGGCCGGA